GUCCGAGGGGAAAGAAGGUAUAAAGGUGGUUGACUAUGGAGGAUGGGGUGAAGGAGGUAGAGGGGGAAGAAGGUGUGAAGGUGGUUCGCUAUGGCGGAUGGGUGAAGAAGGUGGAGGAGGAAGAAGGUGUCAAGGCGGUGGAGGAAGAAGAAGUUGUGAACGUGGUUGGCUAUGGAGGAUGGGUGACGGAGGUGGAGGAGGUGGAAGAGGAAGGUGUGAAGGUGGUUGGCUAUGGAGGAGAGGUGAAGGAGAUGGAGGAGGAAGAAGAUGUGAAGGUGAUUGGCUAUAGAGGAUGGGUGAAGGAGGUGGAGGAGGAAGAAAGUGUGAAGGCGGUUGGUUAUGGAGAAUGGGUGAAGGAGGUGGAGGAGGAAGAAGGUGUAAAGGUGGAUGGCUAUAGUGGAUGGGUGAAGGAGGUGGAGGAGGAAGACGGUGUGAAUGCGGUUGACUAUGAUAAAUGGGUGAAGGAGGUCGAUGAGGAAGAAGGUGUGAAGGCGGUUGGCUAUGGACGAUGGGUGGAAGUCGAGGAGGAAGGUGGUAUGAAGGUGGUUGACUAUGGUGGAUGGGUGAAGAAGGUGGAGGAGAAAGAAUGUGUGAAGGUGGUUGGCUGUGGAGGAUGGGUGAAGGACGUGGAGGAGGUGGAGGAGGAAGAAGGUGUGAACUUGAAGGUGAAGGAUGUGGAGGUGGAAGAAGGUGUGAAGGCAGUCGGGUAUGGAGGAUGGGUGAAGGAGGUGGAGGAGGAAGAAGGUGUAAAGGUGGUUGGCUAUGGUAGACGGGUAAAGGAGGUGGAGGAGGAAGAAGGUGUGAAGGCGGUUGUCAGUUGGCUAUGGUGGAUGGGUGAAGGAGGUCGAGGAGGAAGAACAUGUGAAGGCGGUUGGCUAAGGAGGAUGGUUGAAGGAGGGCGAGGAGGAGGAAGGUGUGAAGGUGGUUGACUAUGGUGGAUGGGUGAAGGAGGUGGAGGAGGAAGAAGGUGUGAAGGUGGUUGAGUAUGGUGGACGUGUAA